UUGAUUGCUCUCUUUACUUGUAAAAGUGUUUUGAAAUCUUUUAAAUUUCACUUCUGCGAAGAAUGAAUUUUUCUUCUUAUAUGAAGCUUUUAAGUAUUUGCUUAUGAUCUUUCAUUGAUCAAACAACUAUAAAUGCUGCGUGAAAAGCCAAUCAUACUUUCUGAUUCUAGAUUUGGAAAAAAUUUGAGAUUUGUAACCACGUCCAAACUGCAUUCACGUAUGACCUUUCGAUUCUCUUUUUGUCCUGACGUGAAUUUUGGCUAAAUCCGCAACCUUACAAUGGAAUUUCAUCUCUUUUAUCUCUGCAAAGGACAAAAUUAUUUCUUAUUUUUAAUAAAUGGAAGUCCAUUUUCUAGUCGUAAAUUUGCGUAAAAAGUAACGUCGAUUUUAAAGUUUUUCCUCCGUAUUUGGUUGUUUCUGUAUUAAUUAUAAUUAUGUAGUAACAAUUAUAAUGAUAUUUAUUAUUGUAUUGAUCAACAAUAUAAAAUAAAUUUAAUUUUAAUCAACCUAGUAUUAUAAUCUAAAAAGUUGUCAAGUAGUAGAUAUUCUAAAUACUUGAUGGUAUACAUUUUAUUCUUCGUUAAAUGACGGAAACUAAAGAAUAUAUCUACAAGAAACCGGAUAUAGAAGAAAUAUUUCUGUUUUUUGGCGAUAAAGAAGAUGGAAAAAUAGGCACUCACCAAAUUGGCAAUGCCAUUAGAGCCAUGGGAUUCAAUCCCACUGCCACAGAGAUAAGAUACUUGUGCAGGAAUUUAAGCCAUGGUCAGAGGAUCGGCAAAGAAGAAUUCUUACCAAUCCUUCGAGAAGCGGAUUAUUUUCGUAUAAAGGAAACAGCGGAAGAUUUUAUCGAAGGAUUAAAAUUUUUCGAUCCUAAUGGAACUGGCAAGAUACAUUCGAUAAUGCUGCGCCAUAUUUUGACUAAAGUUGGAGAAGCUUUAACAGAUGAUGAAGUAGAUAUAUUGUUGGUGGAUCAAGUGGACUCCAGUGGUUACGUUGAUUAUGAGCAUUUUAUCCGGAUGAUAAUGAGUGGAUAAUGUGAUGAAAAUUAUGAUAAUUCAUUUACUUAUUUAUUAUAAUUUCAAUUAAAUAUAUUAUAAAUAAAUUACGAAUGAAGUAGGCUACAUAUAAAGUGCUUGUUGUUGAAGUAUAUUCCGUGAAAAAUCCCUCAAUUCUGUUAAAAUAACUCUUUAAAAUCAUUAAAAUUUUAUUUAG